AUGGCCACCCCGUCCACUUGUACAUAUCGAUCGUUCAUAAACCUGAAUGUUUGUCUAUACAUACCGUGUUUAUAUGCCUGGUGGAUACCAUUCUCUCCACAACCAUAUCAAUUUGAUCUAACACAAAUGGUCUGUGGUGAUGAAUAUUUUGCAACUGUGAAUCCCUAUGCUACAAUUGAUACACUUACAAAUGCAUUUUCACCAAUUAUAAUUACACUUAUAAUUAAUCUGUUGAUUUUAAUACGAGUAAUUCUAUUAAAACGUGUUACAACAACCUCUACUACUAGUGCGAAUAAUAAUAAAUGGCGGAAGAAUCGUCGCAUGAUUAUUCAAUUAACAGCUAUAUGUGCUAUUACAAUGAUUGCAUGGAUCCUAUACUGUGUUAUUAUAUUAGGAGAAAUGUAUCAUAUGUAUGUAUGGAUUAUUUAUUUUCCUACUUGUAAUACUCAUCUGCUUUUAUUAGUAAGCCGUGAAUACAAGUUAGUUUUUAGUGAUAAAUCGAUGUCUGCGCUUAACUUCGUGCAAAAACGUUCGUUCAGCGCUCAGCUUGACAAAUUUGAAUGAAAACGUUUUCAAGGUUUUCUCCAUAUGUCAUCUCGCAAUGAAAUAAGUUAGAUUUAAAUUUACGUAAACGUUCUUGUUCGGAGUUAGUCAGGGAGUAAAUUUCAAAGAUUGAAAUACAGUUAAAAAGCCUCCAAACAGUAAGGACAUACCGAGAAAACACGAUAAUAUUUUCCUCUCGACUGAAAGUUAGGGUCAUAUGAACAAUAUAUGUCCCUGUUUAAUCAACCUGGGAAAAGUUUUCAUAGCAUGGUUUAGCUGUUCAAUGUGCUUAAGUGAGUUUCACAUGCUCAAUCUAUUGGCGAAGUCGAAAACCGGACUUUGAACUUUUCAGUUUCCAGAGAAUCAGAAGAUGUUUGGGCUUGCCUCUUAAUAAGGGAGUUAGAAAUUUGAUAUUGGACCUUGAAGUUAAAAAGAUUCAGAAAAACAGUCAGUGUUAUUGACGAAAAGAUCUUAUACAACACAGAAAAAGUAGUUCUAUUCAUAUGUGUACGAAAGUAAAUAGAAAAAAAAUAAAAAAGAAUGUAUUGCACCAGAAAAAUGAAGGAGCUUCUGCUUUUACUACAACACUGUCUUCGAAAAAACAUAUCUAAACAAGCAUACAUAGCACCACUGUAGUAACAAACUGAUCGAAACAAAAAGAGCAGGAGCCAGUUGAUUCGAUUUUGAUUUUGGAGUUGUUGCACUUAUUGUUGCACUGCUUGUUGUGCUCGUAGUAGUUGUGGUGCUGGUUGUGGUGGUAUUAGGAGCCGGAAUUUGAUCCGGGAAUGGAAAUUCUUUAACUAAUAUUUGUAGAACAGUUUCGAGCGAAUUACCUCCAUUACACGAGUUUUGAGUGCAGGCAUAGACAAGCAUGUCCGUAUUUUCCACUUUAUCAGAGUUGCGUAGAGAACGUGUCGACUGAACAAAAAGAAUGGCGUCCUUGACAUACUGUUGGCAUCGCUGUGAACUUAUGUCGGAAAUAUUCGUCUCGUGUGUCUCAAGCUCACACGAUCCGUUACACACUGUAGCCGUUGUUGAGCUUUUGUUAUAACAUUGGACGGUUUCAUUUAGAUUUUCAUUUGAGUAGACCAGUGGUAAUAAAGUAUCGUACAGUUUCAGAUAAGUCUGAGUGUAGUUUGAAAUAAAUUUUGGUAGAACUUGAGUAAUAUAAUCGAAAUCGCAUCCAUCUUGUGUCCCACACCUGUAGGUUAUAGUCGUGUCAAUUUCUCUUCCAACUUCUUUAAACUGAAAAAUUGUAUCUUGAUCGAGCGAACUUACAUACAGAUUGCUAAUUGGACUAAAACUUAUGUUCAGUUGAUAAUUGACACUAUCGAUUAUAACUCCUACAUAACAUCCCGUUGUACGUGGAUCAACAGAAAAAUUACUUCUACACACUGUAGUCGUCGAGUUGAAGGCAUUUGCGUAAUCGACAAACGAUAAUCUGGUAAAAUUACAAUUCGAUGUACAUAGAAGUGAGUGUGUAGCUUGUGACAAGAGUAAGAGGAAAAAAGUGAU